CUGUAGCUGCAGAGAGCAAGGCUAUACCAGGGCGAACUGCACUAGUCAACCUUAGGGAGGCGGCGGAGGUAGUCCUUUCUACGCCUACGGCGAGACUAGCUAUCGCAAAGCCGACUGUCCUUAAGGUGUAUUCGGGUUCCCAGCUUAAACCCCAUGCAUCUGCCCAUCCUGCGAUCUACAUGCACAUCAAUCGCCAGGCAGUCGAAGAUUUUUGGAUGCCGCAUAUUCCACCGAGCACGUCUACUACCCUUGGAAAGAAAACAUUCCUCUCAACUCCAGCUUCGCCGUUCGACCAUGUGGCACCCUUCGGCGUCGUACGUCGCUACAUGGUGUACGCCUGCGGCGAGACUGGCCAUCACAAAGCCAACUGGCCCCAAGGUGCCGGUGGCGCUCGCGGAGGAAGAAGAGGAGGAGGAGGAAGAGGAGGUGGUAGUGGGGGUGGUAGUAGUUACUGCUACAACUGCAGCGAGACUGGCCAUCGCAGAGCCGACUGCCCUAAGCCAAAGGAUUAGAGCAAGCACACUUGAUGUGUACCCGCUCGAACUCACCUUUUCCAAAAACUCCAUCAACACCCUACUUGGCUGGCUCAAGGGAUUCUACAUGAAUAAGAUUAUCGAUUGCAAUUCCUGCAAAGCAGACUGGAGCCUGGAGGUCAAGUCUGCGGUCUCCUAAGGGGCUACUUUGACGGUCUCUGUAUUGAUUGUAUAGAC